GCUGCUGGGCGGAAGAGCAGUUGCAGCCGCACGCGGGCUCUGGCGCUAUGGAGGGGACCAUGCACGCGGACGCCAAGAUCCGCGCUGAGACUGGAACAGAGUCCGGCCCUCGGGGCCCCGGCUGCAGCCUCCGGCACUUUGCCUGCGAACAAAACCUGCUGUCUCGGCCAGAUGGCUCUGCUUCUUUCAUGCAAGGUGAUACCUCCGUCCUGGUGGGUGUGUAUGGACCUGCCGAGGUGAAGGUCAGCAAGGAGAUUUUCAACAAGGCCACACUCGAAGUGAUCCUGAGGCCGAAGAUCGGGCUGCCUGGCGUAGCAGAGAAGAGCCGGGAGCAGUUGAUCAGGAACACAUGCGAGGCAGUGGUGCUGGGAGCAUUGCACCCUCGCACCUCCAUCACCGUGGUGCUGCAGGUCAUCAGUGAUGCUGGCUCCCUCCUGGCCUGUUGCCUGAAUGCUGCCUGCAUGGCAUUGGUGGACGCAGGGGUGCCCAUGCGGGCUCUCUUCUGUGGAGUCACCUGCACCCUGGGCGCUGAUGGGACCCUCGUGCUGGACCCCACAGCCAAGCAAGAAAAGGAGGCCCGGGCAGUCCUGACCUUUGCACUCGAUAGUGUGGAACAGAAGCUGCUGAUGUCCACCACCAAGGGGCUCUACUCUGAUGCUGAGCUCCAGCAAUGCCUGGCUGCGGCCCAGGCUGCCUCCCAACACGUCUUCCGCUUCUACCGGGAAUCGCUGCAGAGGCGUUACUCCAAGAGCUGAGGCAAGCCGGGGCAGGGAGCCCCUCCUGCUGCCACUACCCACUACCUCCAGCCUAAAGCAGACCGGAGGCCCAGCCUUGCCACUCCCUGUGCGCCCGUCCGUGUGAUGGGCUUGCGGUUCUGCAGCUGCCCAGGCUCCGGUGGGGGACGAUAGAGCUUCGGCCCCUGACAGCUCCAGGGCCUGGGGGCACAGACCUCCCCCACAGGGACAGCAUUAAAAGGA